GAUGUCCAACAAAGACCACCAACAAAACAGAACUGGUACAUUCUGCAGACAUAUGUGGGAUGGCUUGCUGUGCUGGGAAGAGACACCACCGGGGACAUCUGUAACACAAAACUGUCCAGAUCACUUUGGCUUCGACCCCACUGAAAAAGUGACCAAAUAUUGUGACGAACGGGGUAAUUGGGUCCAGACUGGGUCUACUUGUCAAUCUUCAAAGGACAUAUUGGAGGUAUUUAUUGAUUAGGAUGCUGCAGAAGAGUCGACCACAGUGGCUGACUCAGAAAUAACGACUCUUACUGAAUAUCUUAUCCAUCAGAGCAAAAAUAAAUGCUUAAAGAAAAUGAACCAAGAUCCACCUUAUGAUCAAUCAGGGCCAUACUGCAGUCGUAUCUGGGAUGGCUGGCUGUGCUGGGACGAUACUCCGGCAGAAACCAGUGCCACCCAAAACUGCCCCUCUUAUUUUGCUGACUUUGACCCUACAGAAAAGGCAACUAAACACUGUGGAAAGGAUGGAAAGUGGUUUCACCACCCGGAGAGCAACCAGAUUUGGACUAACUACACACUCUGUUUCCCCACCGAAGAGUCCAAGAAAGCGAAACAAAAGCUUGAGAGUGAGUCUGAAUGCCUCCAGAAAAUAAACCGAGACCCACCUUUUGACAAAUCAGGGCAGUACUGCAGUCGUAACUGGGAUGGCUGGUUGUGCUGGGACGAUACUGCAGCAGGAACCUAUGCCACCCAAAACUGCCCUGAUUUUUUUUCUGACCUGGACCCCACAGAAAAGGCAACAAAGUAUUGUGGAGAGGAUGGACAAUGGUUUCAGCAUCCAGAAACCAACCAGACUUGGACUAAUUAUACACUCUGUGUUUUCAACACUAAGGAUAAAUUGAGGGCAGCCGCCCAGCUCUCAGGGGACACUGAGGCAGAACUUACCAAUGAGGCCACAGUGAAUCCUUUGACAAACCAAGAGGAGAAGAAUAUCGCGACAAAGAAAAUCAUCGACAACCAAUUCAAAUGCUUCGAGAAAAUUAAACGAGAUCCACCUUAUAACAAGUCAGGUCCGUACUGCAGCCGUAACUUCGAUGGGUGGCUGUGCUGGGAUGAUACUCCAGCAGGAACCUACACCUCCCAAAACUGCCCUGAUUACUUUCCUGACUUCGAUCCCACAGAAAAGGCUACCAAGUACUGUGGGGAGGAUGGGCAGUGGUUUCGCCACCCAGAUACCAAUAGGACUUGGUCCAACUAUACAGUCUGCAACGAAAAUACUCCAGCAAAGUUAAAGUCAGCGUACAUCCUGUUUUACAUGGCAAUUGUGGGUCAUGCUUUAUCUAUAGCCUCCCUGCUCAUCUCUCUGGCAAUCUUCUUCUACUUCAGGAGUCUGAGCUGCCAAAGAAUCACCCUGCACAAGAACCUCUUCUGCUCCUACGUUCUCAAUUCUGCCCUCACCAUCUCCUACCUGGUAGGCGUGGUCAGUAAACCUGAAAUGGUGAGAAGAAACCCGGUCUGGUGUAAGGUGUUACACUUCUUCCACAUGUACAUGCUGGGCUGCAAUUAUUUCUGGAUGCUCUGUGAAGGAAUCUACCUGCACACUCUCAUCGUAGUGGCUGUUUUUGCAGAGGAGCAGCAUCUGCACUGGUACUACCUCCUGGGCUGGGGCUUUCCUCUAGUGCCUGCAUCCAUCCACGCCGUGGCAAGGAAAAAGUUUUUUGAUGACAACUGUUGGAUGAGUGUGGAGACCCAUCUGCUCUAUUCGGUCCAUGGUCCUAUAAUGGCAGCUCUGCUUGUGAACCUCUUCUUCUUACUGAAUAUUAUAAGAGUUUUGGUAACCAAAUUGAGAGACACGCACCGUGCUGAGUCCCACAUGUACAUGAAGGCAGUGAGAGCCACCCUGAUCCUGGUGCCCCUGCUGGGAAUACAGUUUGUCAUUAUUCCUUGGAGGCCAGAGAACCGGCUGGCUGGAGAAGUCUACGAGUAUAUCAUGCACAUACUCAUGCACUACCAGGGUGUUCUCGUGGCAACAAUAUUCUGCUUCUUCAAUGGAGAGGUGCAGGCAGCUCUGAAGAGACAGUGGAUGCAGUACAAGACUCAGUGGGGGCAGAGACGAAAGGACCACUGCUCAAUGCGCUCCACCUCCUACACAGCCACCUCCAUCACAGAGGUACCAGCCUUCAGUUACCACCAUGACUGUAACAGCGAACACUUGAACGGACGCCAAACAGAGGACUCUGAGCUAGUGGCACUAAAAUCAGGAGAGGCAUACGCCUGA